ACUCACUCGUCUCCCUCUCUUCUCUGCAGUGAAUCAAAAUCUUCUUUCUCCUCAUUUGCUUCAAUCACUUUAAAAGUUAAAACUCAUUUCUUUUCUGCAAUCUCUCCUAACUCGUCGUACCCUCCUCUCAGAAUCUCCUAUUCAAACCUGCUUCGUAAUCUUGUCGGAAAAAAGCUUUUUUUUUUUCAAAUAAAAAAAUUUCGCAAGAGGUGAGUCGCGUCGCGUGGGUACGACAAGUGGGACGAGUGUUGUUGUCUAAUCGUCGUCGUUUUAAGUCCCGUGUGGUGUGUGUGAGUGAAGAAGAGAUGUUGAGUGGUGGUUUACAGUUGACUAAGCUACAGAGAGCUCUCACCGACGCAUCUAAUGUCAGAUCGGUUUACAAUAAAGAAUGCGAGAAAGAGUCUGCGUUUGAGUCGACAACAAGUAAUGUAGAACGGUUUUUGGACACGGUCACACCGUAUGUGCCUGUCCACUAUCUCUCCAAGUUGCAGGAGGCUCCUUACUUCGUUCUUGGAGAUGUGUGGGAAUCUUUUGCAGAGUGGAGUGCUUACGGCACUGGAGUUCCUCUCUCUUUGAACAACUACAAGGAUCGUGUUAUUCAAUACUAUGUUCCUUCUCUCUCCGCCAUCCAAAUCCAUACUAAUUCUAAUGUCUCAUCUCUUCAAGCAAGGCGGACAGGUGAGGAGAGUGACAACGAUUUCAAGGAUUCUAGUAGUGAAGGAAGCAGCAGUGACUCAGAGAGAGGACUCUGUAUUUAUCCGAAAGAGCAGAUCUCUGUGAGUAUGGACCAACUCUCGUUAAGAAAGGAGCAUCUGGAAGACUUUUCCAGUGAUGAUGAUGGCGAGAGUUUAAGCUCUCAAGGUCGUUUGUUAUUUGAGUAUCUUGAACGUGAUCUUCCUUACAUCCGUGAACCCUUUGCCGACAAGAUGUCUGACCUCGCCUCUAGAUUUCCUGAGCUGAAGACGCUGAGAAGUUGUGAUUUACUACCUUCAAGCUGGUUCUCUGUGGCAUGGUACCCAAUUUACAAAAUACCUACAGGACCAACGGUCAAGGAUCUAGAUGCUUGUUUCUUGACGUAUCAUUCACUUCACACGCCCUUUCAAGGUGCAGGCGUUGCAACACAGUCUAUGUAUGAACCAAGGGAAAGCGUUGAGAAGACAGCACUGCCUAUCUUUGGCCUUGCCUCAUACAAAUUGAGAGGCUCUGUAUGGACAAGCAUCAAGGGCUCCGGGAACCAUCUCGUGAACUCCCUUUUUCAAGCUGCAGACGAUUGGCUGAGGUUGCAUCAAGUCAACCAUCCUGAUUUCAUCUUCUUCUGCCGAUGA